AUGGCGAGGCUCAUUUUUGCGUAUGUCACUCUCCUUCUUUGGGUGGCCCUGGUAGCUGCUCAGUAUGACUACCACCAUGUUCUGAAGGGUUGUUAUCAGGUGAAACCACACAUGUCCUGGGCCGGAGGAUAUGCACGAACACAGCAAGAGCGCGAGAAAUGCGCGAUUGUUUGUUCUCAGAAAAACUUGCCAUUCGUUGGUUUCGGUACCACGAACUGUUUUUGCGCCAGGGUCGAACCGAGCAACAAUAAGGUCGACAUCAGCCGGUGUGAAGCCGUAGGUUUGGACGGGUGGAACGCACCCAAGACAAGAAAGGCAGACUUUGUCGAGGAUGAAGAGGUGCUUCUUUUCUUUGACACUAGCAUCCCUCGCAGCAUUCCCAUCGGAUGUUUCCAGGGCCUACCUGAGGAUGCCCAUCUUACUGAACCUGCAAUUAGCAAGCCAGAGCGUCUUGCGUGCGCUACGUCCUGCGAUAGAGAAGGCAAAGCUGCCGUUGUCUUCGCUGGUCGAAAGUGUGGAUGCAUCGAUUCCAUCCCGGAUGUUUCGAACAGGGUUGAGGACAUCAGCUGUGGUCUGGAACCUUCAGCCGAACCUUCUCGAUCCGAGCAAUUCUACAGUGUAUGGACUGCUGGACGCCGUUUCAUGACACAGAAUUAUGAGUUCAAGAUAAAUGGUCUUCUUCCAUUUGAACAGGAGGGACUAGACUAUCAGCUAUUUGAGAAAGAAGGAACGACCACUGAACUGGCUGAACAGUAUGAGGGUCCUCGACAAGCCUGCUACAGAAAUCCACCAGACGAAAACAUCAACAAGUUCAAAGAGUUCCCUGAUAACAAUCCUACUCUUUGUUAUCGCUUUUGUGAGCAGUAUGACAUGAAGUACAUCUUUUUGCGAGAUACAGGCUGCUGGUGCUCGAAUACGUACCCGCCUAAAAAGGAUGUGUACCUCAGUGGGUGGUGCAAGUGGGAAUGCCCUCGAAACCCGUUUGCUCAAUGCGGAGGUGAAAAGGCCUUCAGCGUCUAUAACCUCAAGCCCUGGAUGAGCCCUGCCUCCCCGGCUUCCCCGGCCAGAACCUCCGAGCAACAGACUAGGCAGUGCUUCUCUAUACGUCCCACAAAGGCAUCGGAGAUGCUCGGCUAUGAUGGUGGAGAGGAGUGUCUGGAACGUUGCAAGGAGGUCAGGAAACCUCUUGCGGUGAUGCAUGGCUCCUACUGCUGGUGUGCCUCGAAAUAUCCUCAUACAACAUACAAACUCGACCUCGACUCUUGCGACCUCCCUUGCGAAAACGAUAAUGGAACGUACUGUGGUGGGAACGAUGGCAUUAGACCUUAUUAUUCAACCUAUCGCACAGGUAUGCCAGGUCGUAUCGAACACCACCCUAGCCAGAGGCGCUUUGACACCCCUAUUCAAGACGAGACAACAUGGCAUGGGUGCUGGAACAAACCGCCAACUAGGCGCUACGGAUCAUAUGCCGAAUCCAACACAGUCAAGGGCUGUGCCAAUUUCUGCCGGAGGAGCGGUUUCCCCGUUGCGGCUGUACAGGAUCAUAACUGCAUCUGCGGCGAUUCUUAUCCUCCCCUUGAACAAAGAAGCCCAGAGUCCUCUUGUAACACUUCAUGCCCUGGCUUUGAGUAUGCUACCUGCGGCGGACCACAAGCCUGGAAUGUCUUGAACACGGGACUAAAGACAGACGUUCCUUAUGAUGAGUCCGAUUCCGAGAAGAAGAAUUCCGAAAGUGCUACUGUGAAUCAGAAGAUGGCGAGGCCAGACCUUUUGGGCUGCUACAACACGCAUUUCAUUACAGCUCGCGAUCGCGUAUACCUUCGUCACGACCAAGUCAAUGGAUGCGCCAGAAGGUGCAAAAGCAGAGGAAAGCCCAUUUCAGCUUUGCAGAAGGACACAUGUCUUUGCGCUGACGCGCUUCCUCAUAAAGACAGCCAGGUCGAUAAUGUCGAGUGCGACACUCCUUGUCAAGACCCCUCCAACGAAAAAUGUGGUGGGCCACGAUACUGGAGUGUCUACAACUCGGGACUGCAAACCUCCCUUGCCACUGAUUUGAAUAUGAAACCAGCAUAUGGCUGCUUCAAGUACCUCCGAUAUGCUGACGAAACUAACAAGCUCGUUCGUAUUCAUCUUCACGGUUCUGGUGGCAAUCGGAGUGGCGAUUCGUGCACCACGCGCUGCGCUGAAAAGGGCUUCCCCGUCGCCUUACGACUCAUGUCCGCAUGCUCUUGUUCGCACGAGUUGCCAGUUAUGAAGUAUAGUCUCCCCAGCGAGUCGUGCUCUUAUAAGUGUCCCAAGGAUCCCCUUGAGAUGUGUGGAGGUCCUGAUUCUGCCUACACGGUCUAUAAAACCGACGCCUACGUACCUGAUCUUCACACAGAAGAAAAGCCAAACGAUGAGAAGCACAAGGGAAAUGAUCCCGGCGCUUCCCCGGACAGCAGACCGCAGUGUUUGGAGCCUGCUUGGGAGAAAGCUUACGAUAUUUUCAACGUGGUUUCGGACAAGGCUGCUGGCUUCGCCCAAAAGAUCCAAGAUGGCUUCUUUUGGGUCCGCGAUAAAGGGCAGGAAUUGUUUGAUAUCUGUCUGUGGAACAUCAUCGUUUUCUUUUCUAAUAUUAUGUAUGGCUUGGGAUUGUGGUCGAGCGAGGGGAAUAUCGACCUGUAG